AGAGAAAGUGAAAGGGUGAGGAUGGAGCACCACUGAAGAGACAAGGUACACCUCUCUUCGUUACCCCCCAAACUGUUGUUUUUUGGGCAUUUGGGGAUGGAGUUGGCAUUUUCAUCCCUUCGAUUUUCAUCUCACCAACACAAUGCUUACCGCUACAGAAAGUUAACCGCUCCACCUUCUUGUAAUGCUGCUAACUUGGUGUUCAAAUCUUCCAACAACUUGUCAUCUUUGCCUGGAUUGCGCAAAAAAUUUUCAAACACCCUUUUGUGUAGAAACUACAGGCACACUUCCAUUCGGGCAUGUUCUCAGGUUGGUACUGCUGGAUCUGAUCCAGCGUUGGAUAAAAUUUCACAGUUCAAAGAUGCCUUUUGGAGAUUUUUGAGGCCCCACACUAUACGUGGGACAGCACUAGGAUCCGCCUCAUUGGUUACUCGAGCGUUAAUUGAGAAUCCAAACCUAAUCAGGUGGUCAUUAGUAUUGAAGGCCUUUUCUGGUCUUAUUGCCCUAAUAUGUGGGAAUGGUUAUAUAGUGGGCAUCAAUCAAAUAUAUGACAUUGGCAUUGACAAGGUAAACAAGCCGUACUUACCCAUAGCUGCUGGAGAUCUUUCAGUUCAGUCUGCAUGGAUCUUGGUGUUAUUGUUCGCUGUGGCUGGCCUUCUUAUUGUUGGGCUGAAUUUUGGCCCCUUCAUUACUUCGCUUUACUGUCUUGGUCUCUUUCUAGGUACCAUUUAUUCAGUCCCACCAUUUCGGCUGAAGAGAUUUGCUGUCAUAGCAUUCCUAAUAAUUGCCACGGUGCGUGGAUUUCUCCUUAAUUAUGGUGUGUAUUAUGCCACAAGGGCUGCUCUGGGGCUAAGCUUUGAGUGGAGCUCACCUGUUGCAUUUAUUACUACCUUUGUGACUGUGUUUGCACUAGUCAUUGCCAUCACCAAGGAUCUACCAGAUGUGGAGGGUGAUCGCAAGUUUCAGAUAUCUACCUUGGCAACAAAGCUUGGUGUGAGAAACAUAGCAUUCCUUGGCUCUGGUUUAUUAUUAACAAAUUACAUUGGUGCUGUAGUUGCGGCAAUAUACAUGCCCCAAGCAUUCAGGUGUAGCUUGAUGAUACCUGUACAUGUCAUCUUAGCAUCGUGUUUAGUUUUCCAGGCAUGGUUGUUGGAAAGAGCAAAUUACACCAAGGAAGCAAUCUCAGCAUACUAUAGAUUUAUAUGGAAUCUUUUCUAUGCGGAGUACAUCAUCUUUCCUUUCAUCUAAAAUCUACUUGAUGAAGGUUUUUGUUCGAUGGACCUCGAAGAAAUGCAAGUUUUCUUUCUGGUUUGCAAAGGAAAAUUGUCUAUAGAGAUGGGGGGGGUGGAGAAUUUAUUUAUCCUGUUGUUGUAUAUUCUUAGGAAAUUCAUCAAUCUAUUCUUAGGAGA